AUGACCGAGCUCGAAUCGCCAUCACAACUCUUGCGCGUUGAAGCAGCAAAGGAGGCAGAGCUAGCUUCAGUACCUACAGCGACUGGAUCGUCACCAACUCCAAACUCGCCACUCGCCACAUCAGAUCCUGCGCCGCGUGCAAAGAAUCGAUUCAGCUUGAACGCAUUGCGUCUUCCUUUCUCUUCGCCCCGCAAGCAAGGGAAUGACAAGGUGUCGCCCUCCACCGAUGCUACGAGCAGCUCCGACUCGGCUGCAAUGACAGAGCAAGACGCCAACAGGAGCUCCACAGCAUCCGACGUGACCACAGCCCCCACAUCCAUAGACCAAGCCUGCUGGAAAGAUGGAACACACAGUCAGCAGCUCUCACCUCGCAGCCAGAAAAAUCCGGUACGCUCGGCAUUGACACCCCCAGCUGAUCUGUCGAGGCGUCGUGCUUCAAGAAAUGUAUCGCCGCACCGCGUCAGUUUCAGUCCCUCGACAGAGGAGAUGGCCGAUGCGAGAGAGCAGGCACUGUUGCAUGCAUCUCUCGCGGACACUGCAUCAGCCAAAACCAAGCACGUCAAAUCCAGCAGCAAACGUAACGAUCAACAUCCUUCCAAGUCGCACACCAAAUUGAGCAAUUGGCAUGGACUCAAAUCACAUUCGACCUCGGCUCUCACAUCGACAACGAAUGGGUCUAGUCUCGACUCGGCACAGGGCUCAUCCGCCACCAAACGCCUCGAGGAUGCAGCCGCUUUGCCAGGUGCAGCUGCUGCUAAGCGUCGUCUCUUCCGAUGGGAUAGAAAGGGUAUCCAUCAUUCGGGCGCAUCCGGAAAGGGUAAAGUGGUCAAAGUCAAAGUGACCAAAACUCAAGCUGUAGCAGCACGUCACGCAAAGACACUCGAACAGGUCAUCAAUGCCGGCAUGGGUCUGCAUCCUGUUCCUCCUCGUCUAAGCUCUGCAGCUGCUGCGGAUAGGAGCAUCGCCAGUUCUGAUCAGCCAGCAAACGUGGGAAAGAAAAGCAAAGUUCCUCGCGCCAAACCCAUCGGCGUUGUCCAUCAAUCACAGCUCAAAGGCUUGAAAUCGGCGCUGCUCGAUGUAGAUUCGGCAAACAACAUUAUCAAGGAGCUACGUUCCAUGCCAGUACCGCUGGAUGUACUCCGCAGUGGACUUGGAAGCAUGCUCUCUGACGUUGAGAUUGGUACAGCUGGUGAUCAUGGUCAAGAGCGUAUCCUCACUGCCAAUCUGCCCGAUUCCGUGCUGGAAGGCAACAUUACAAAGGACGACAGCGAGAUCCGCAAAAGGCCCGGUGCAACUCUGGAAGCUCUUGAUGCAGCCACUCCCGCGCGUCCUCCCACUGAGCGCAGAGCAAAGAGCGCCGCCGAAGAAGCACUCAGAAAGAUCACCUUGCAGGCCGAGGCCGACUCGGCUUCGCCGCAAAAGGCUGUAGUGACUGCUCGAACAUCAUCACUGCCGCCGAGUGCAGAGGACAACAUAGCUGCUCCGACAAAAGCGGCAUCUCCCAUCCCGUCAACCUCUUUGCCCAAGGCUGCAGCUGCACCAUCAGGGGCACGACCAUUAAAAAUGGUCUGUCUGGAUUGUGACGAGACCGAGGCGCAUCGACGCCAUGCACAACAUCUCGAGGCCUCGGCUGUCGUAACAGAGAAAGAAGCUAGCCAAUCGGAUUCGAAUGGCGCGUUCAAUGUGACUAGCAUCGCCACAGGUGCUGCCGCUGCUGUUACCAGCGUCGGAGGAUUGCUGACCGCUCGUCCAAGCGCAGUAGAUCCAACUGUAUCGUCAGCUGCCACCGACAAAGACCGGGACGUCAGCACCAGGCCGCCCAUGCUCAAGAGUAUGUCUGUCUCCAAUUUGCCCACUCUGCAGGAUGGUGCGCGUCUCAUGGGAGCUACACCGCUGCAGCUCAUUCUCGAUCCGGUCGGCACCGCCGCAGAAAACUCGGGCGCUUUCAACAUGCUCGCUGACGUCUCUGGUGCCGCGAUCCGAGCGACGCAGGACAUGGACUCGAUUCACCCACCUCUCGAUCGCAUGGCCAUCUUUGUGCAUUGGUGGGGUUUUGAGAUCACGCUUCCCAAGGCGUCUAUGGCUUACCUCGACACAGCUCACUCGGUGUCUGGCGCGUUUUUGUCUUUUCUUCAAACCAUGGCUGUGGGCGGAGGUGUGCCCGAGUUGCUGCCGUUCAUCAAGUAUAUUUCGACAUUUAUGGAGGUUGAGUACAGGGCGAUUCGAGCACAGGACCAGGGGCAUGGUGUGUGUAUUGCGGGGACUUGGUUUAUGCCGAUGGCGCUCGUGCCGCGGCCGUGGGACUAUCCGCUCGACGGACCAGUUUCCGAGAAGCUAGCUUCGCGUGUGACGAGCCCGUCGGCAUCCAUGCCUGUGCCUUCAAUUCCGGCUGUAUCACCCGUUCUGACUCCCCCUCUCGCAACACCAAGUGUUGCGGCCUCCCCCACGAGGCAUGUGUUCAAGAAGAAGCAGGCCACGCAGACAACUCCAAGCGCUUACCCUGCCCAAGUUGCGCUUGUUGAAGCACCCGUUCGCCAUGUCAGUCCAACGCAGAUGGCUGCCAUCCAAGCAGCUAGAACGGAAAAACUGCCUCUCGACCUCAGCCCACGCCACUCGCGUUCGUCGAGCAUCGCCUCAGCAAAGAGCGCAAAGUUGUCUGCACAGCUCACGAGCGCUAGCGACAAUGCCGUAGCACCGCAAGCAGAUGCCGUCCUGUCGAGCGUACAGGAGGUGCCUGAAGCUGGAUCACAGAUCAAGUCGUAA